GCAUGCUCCGAUUCUGAUUGGAUCCGCGGGGCCUGCAGCCACAAGUCAAGAUGUUUUCGUUCUCGGAGCUCCACUUCAACGCAAACAACGGCUACUUGGAGGGGCUGGUCCGGGGCUUAAAGACGGGAUUGUUAACCCACUUCGAUUACACGAACCUGGUGCAGUGCGAGUCGCUGGAGGAUCUGAAACUCCACCUUCAGACCACAGCCUACGGGAACUUCCUGGCGAAUGAGGUCUCCCCACUCUCCGUGUCCAUGAUUGACGACAGAAUGAGGGAGAAGUUGGUGUCAGAGUUCUUCUACCUGAGGAACCAGGCAUUUGAACCGCUGAGCAAGUUCCUGGACUUCAUCACCUACAGCUACAUGAUCGACAACGUCAUCCUGCUGUUAACGGGCACCCUACACGAGCGCUCCAUCUCCGAGCUCAUGCCCAAGUGCCACCCUCUGGGCCACUUUGAUCAGAUAGAGGCCGUGAACAUCGCUCAGACACAAGAAGAGCUGUACAACGCUAUCUUGGUGGACUCUCCGCUCGCUAUCUUCUUCCAGACCCACUUUUCUAAGGAGGAACUCCAGCAGCUGAACAUCGAAAUCCUCCGCAACACGAUGUACAAAUCCUACCUGGAAUCUUUCUAUCAAUUCUGCACCCUGCUGGGGGGCAUCACAGCUGAGGUCAUGAAUCCCAUCUUGGAGUUUGAGGCGGACAGAAGGGCCUUCAUCAUCACCAUCAACUCGUUUGGCACCGAACUCUCCAAGCAAGCCCGGGCCAAUCUCUUCCCCAAUUGUGGGCUGCUCUACCCGCAGGGUCAGGCCCUUCUGGCACAGGCCAAUGAGUUCAAGGAGGUCAAAGCGGUGGCUGACUUCUACCCACAAUAUAAAGAGCUUUUUGAAGCAGUUAGCUCCAAUGGUGGAGGUAAGACCUUGGAGGACCGAUUCUUUGAGCAUGAGGUGAACCUGAACAAACUGGCCUUUCUCAGACAGUUCCACUUUGGCAUCUUCUACGCCUUCGUGAAGCUUAAGGAGCAGGAGUGCCGGAAUGUUGUGUGGAUUGCUGAGUGUAUCGCCCAGAACCACCGGAACAAGAUCAGAAAUUACAUUGACAUCUUUUAGCCUCCCCCUGGGAUUCCCAAUUCCCAGACUCCAUGGGGUCCUCUGCCUUGGGGCUCUGUGGAUAUGGGUCCUCACAUGUCCAUGGUACUGGGCCUACUGUUCUGGCCUAUUCCAUAUAUCCCUAAUGUUGAAAUAGAGCUCCCUCUUCCUUUCCCCAAAUGGACUUGGUCCUCUGAAGCUAUCUAGAGUGGUGGGGGACUAAAAUCUGAGUAUUGGCGCUGAGCCCCUACCCCAACAAAUAGCCUCUGAAAUAUCUGUGUUGGUAAAACUCCAGCUCUAAGAGUUAAAUACAGGGGGCCCACUGCCUCAAUAUUUACAGAUGUUAAAGGCAUCUUGGUCACACUUUGAUAAUCCUUCAGGAAAGCUAGUUUUAUUGCCCCAUAUGUUACCUGGCUCUUGCCAGUCUCCUCCUUCUGGCUGCCCCAAUGCCCUAUCCCCAGUAGAAAAAGAAUAUCUGAGUUUUAGGGGCAGGGGAGUAACCCAGACAGUCUUCCCUCACCCUGACACAUAUAAGUGCACACAUACACAACAGACUACACCUUCCCCCACCCCAAACCAGCACAAGCCAGGGCUCUGGCUCUGGCAACUAAGGGGCUUUGCCUCUCCCUACCACCCUCAGGCAGGAUUUUGGGAUAGAAGUCAGGGGACUGUGCAGAUUCUCCUCCAAAUCCUGAGAUAUCUUUAUUCUCUCAAAUACCUUGAGGUUUUUUGUUUUGGUUUGUUUCUCUUAACAAUAAAGUUGCCCAUUCUGUGAAAUAAAUAAAUAACAUAAUUAAAAAAAAAAGACUUGGGAACU